UCCAUGAAAAUCAAACUAAUAUAAAAAAACUUCUAUUAAAAUAAAAGAAAUCAAAUUGUAUCAAUCGGGUUUAACAUUUGGUGUUUCAACUGCUAAUACCAGACAUGUUCAUUUGGUAUCUUCUUUGCUCUUGUUUCCUGCUCAUGCUACCUUGUGAUGCUCAUUGUGGCAAAACAGUCAAGAUACAAGAAGAUAUCCUCCAUUCAUUGCUUAACAUGAAAAGACCAUCCUGUAACAGACGAACAUAUUCAGGAAAUCGUUCAGGUGUUACCAAUGUUAUAGUUUGCGAAGGUCACUCUAUGUACGUCAGGUGUAAAUAUCCGACUAAAAUAAAAGUUGUAAAGGCAAUGUAUGGUCGCUCAGAAGAUAAACGUAUAUGUCCCCACAGCAGCAUCAAAACUACAUCAUGUAAGGCGGCAUCAUCAGAUGCAAAGAUUAAAAAGCAGUGCAACGGGAAAAGAAUUUGCAAAGUUGCAGCCAGUAAUAGUCUUUAUGGCGAUCCAUGUGGUGGAACAUACAAAUAUACGGAACUGAAAUACAGAUGUUCUUAAAGCAAAGAAGUAUGUUACGAAGAAUAAGAUUAAAAUUGUAUUUGCAAUCUUAAA